UGUAAAAGUAGCAUGCACAAAAGCUUGAAAGCUCAAUGCUAGGCUGCUAGGGCCUACUACGGGUUGGUUUCACAGCAUUGUUGCUCUUUGAACAGUGUUGCUCAAAGCCAAUGCAGAGAUGCCAUGGAAGGAGCUAACAUUUCAGCCAACAGCUCAAGCCAUUAUGGCCGGCAUGUCUAUGACACAAAAUGGCCAGCAUACUCUUUAGCUUGUUCUGCCAGCUGCAGAUUUGCUGUGGGCAGCUGUAUUGAAGGGUCACGGAAUUUCAUAGAGAUUGUUGAGCUUAACGACAACAGCAUAGAAUGUGUUGCGGAAACAGAGCACACAUUCCCUCCAACGAAGCUGCUGUGGAGGCCAGACAAUGGUUGCAAUGGCGGGAAUCAAGAAUUGCUUGCUUCCUCCACGACUGCACUGAAUCUUUUGAAGGUUCAAGACAGGCAAAUGAAUUGUGUAGCAACACUGUCAAGCAGCAGAGCACGGAAGCAAGCAACAGAUUUGCCUCCUUUGACUUCUUUUGAUUGGAGUUGUGUGAACAACAACAAGCUUGCGGCUUCGUCGGUGGAUACCACCUGUACUAUUUGGGAUUUGGAGACACAGAAAAUCGAUCAGCAGCUGAUUGCUCAUGACAAGGCGGUAUAUGACAUUGCGUUCUCUGUUGUCGAUAGCCUUUUUGCAUCAGUGGGGGCUGAUGGUUCGGUCCGGCUCUUCGACCAAAGGAACUUGGCUCACUCAACCAUCGUCUACGAGUCUUCACCACCAUCUCCCUUGUUCAGGCUUGCAUGGAACAAGAUCAAUAGCAAUUAUAUUGCGACCAUUGCGGGUGAUGUUCCUGGAGUGAAAUUAAUCGACGUUCGAAGACCAUCUCUAGCUCUCGAGGUUCUGUCUUAUCAGGAAUCCUGCGUCAAUUCAAUUGCUUGGGCUCCCCACUCACGCAAUCAUCUUUUGUGCGGGACAGAAGAUGGUUUUGGACUCAUUUGGGACGUUGCAUCCAAGCUUGGCAUGCCAUUGCUGGCAUAUGACUGCGACAAUGAAGUGUACCAAACCCAGUGGCCUGCAAUGCAACCGGACUGCGCUGCACUUGGCAUGGCACAUCAGAUCAGGCUACUCCAAGUUUGAGCAACUUGUUGCUGAAACAAGCCAUACUCGCAGUUUCACCAUGCUGCCAUCAGGCAGGGUUCAGGACGCGUUGAUUCUUUCAACAGGUCUGUGAAGAAGAUGCACCCAAUUCGCUGCUUUCAGGCCUUUGGCAUAGCUGAGAAAAGGUAGACUCUACGACUGACUCCUCAGUUUUGGUCUCUCUCCAGGGAUCAACUACAACAUGGGGGCUGGCAGGAUAAUUUUUCUCGUCAUGGCUAUGACAUCC